CGGACAGGAGUGUUGCCACAUCACUAGACACCCCUUGAGAUAUCUUGACAGCAGCGCUUGCUGCCACUGGCUUUAUGGCUUUGCUUGUUCUUCAGGUAUGAAAGCUUGCACAAGUUAAGAUCUUUUCAGACCACUUGCACCCAGAGAACUCAAGCGAUCAACAGUGAUCAGUGACCGGAAGCACGAUAAAAAACCUGAGGAACUCCGACAUGGGGUGCAGCUGCAAACACUGGCUCAUCGCCGGGGCCGUCUUGGGAGCUCUGCUGGCUGUUCUUGGGGGUAUCCUGAUUCCAGUGGGGGAUUCUGUCAUCAGGGACACCGUCAGGAAGGAGACAGUCAUCGAACCGGGAACCACUGCUUAUGAAAUCUGGUCGUCAGCAGGGGUACCUGUGUAUCGGCAGUUUUGGCUGUUUGACGUCCAAAAUCCAUUGGAAGUUGUAGAAAAUGGGUCAACACCAGUGGUAGUGGAGAGGGGGCCCUAUACAUACAAAACCCGAUACCUGCCCAAAGAGAACAUCACAGUACACAGAAAUGGCACCGUCGCAUUCUUACUCCCAGCCGGAGCCGUAUUUGUGCCCUCGAUGUCUAUUGGACAGGAGGAAGAUAGAAUCACAGCUCUGAACCUGGGUAUACCGGCUGCUCAUGCUCUGUUUCCCGAAAAAAACCACAAAUUACUGAAUAUUCUGAUCAGCAUAAACAAUGCCUCACUCUUCCAGAGCAGGACUGUUAAAGAGAUGCUAUGGGGUUAUUACGAUCCCGUAACGAUGAGGACAGUUGGUGUGUUUUACCCAUACAAUGGCACAUUUGAUGGGUACUACAAUGUACACACUGGGAAGGAGGACAUCUCUAAGGUUGGGGUUAUCGACAGGUGGAAGGGAGAGCGGGAACUGCCCUACUGGAAGGACAACUACUGCGACAUGAUUAAUGGAACAGAUGCUUCAUCAUUUGCACCUUUCCUGGACAAGAAAAAGGAACUGUUCUUCUUCACUUCAGAUAUUUGCAGGUCUGUCUCGGCAGAGUUCACCGACACCGUCGACCUGAAGGGAAUCGAGAUGUACCGCUACAUGCUCCCCCCCCUAACGCUUGCGGCCCCCACGGUCAACCCCGCUAACAAAUGCUACUGCCACAAUGAGAACACCACCCGUAACUGCAGUGUGGCUGGGGUUCUGGACACCAGUAGCUGUAGAGAGGGAGUGCCCAUCUACAUAUCGCUGCCUCACUUCCUGUAUGGUAGUGAAAUCCUGCGAGAGAAUGUGCUGGGCUUAGACCCCAGUGAAACGUAUCACAACACAUUCCUGGAUGUGGAACCGACCACGGGCUUCACAAUGAGGUUCGCGAAGAGGAUUCAGAUCAACAUGAUGUACACCUCCUCAAACGUGAUAAAAGUGUUAAACAAGGUUAAAGAGCAUACGAUAUUCCCCCUGGUAUGGCUGAAUGAGACCGCUGAGCUGGAUGACGAGACGGCCGACAUGUUCAAGGCAGAGAUGUUGUCGCCCAUCACGAUGCUAGAGACUGUUCAGGUGACCCUGCUGUCCCUUGGGUCAGUGGUCUUCGUGGUCUGCAGCAUAGCCGCUUACAUCGUUCACAGGAAAUCCAAGAAAGGACAGGAUUUAAGUUCAUGAAGCAAGCACUGACCAUUAUCAGAAAGUCUUAGUAACUUUGCCAGAUAACUAUGCUAGUUGGAGAAAUAUUAGAAUAAUUGGUGGCUACAACAAGCAUUUGCAUUUCCUGACUUUUUGUCUUUUGACAGAGGUAUUGAUUAUGUACAGUACUAUACAAAAUACUCUAUAAUACUACACUGGCAGUACAGUGGCUGAAUGUACUGUACAGGUAUAAAAGCCUUGGAUGACACUCACAAUGAAAAUAAAUGCACCACACCCCAGGUCCAGUGGUAUUUACAUAUUUUCCCUCUUAGUGUUGUUUUAUUACUUUUAACUUUGUUUUAAGGUCAAUUGCUUUCCUUUGUAUCUUGGGAACUCGUUUGACGGUGUUUGUGGGCCAUGGUGCAGUUAAAUAUAACAUAAAUAAGAGCGCUGGGGCUGGAAUCUUAACGUGACUGUUUGUUUACAUACUAUCAACUGUGCGGUAGGUCGCUGUGCAGUUGUUUUGCGUUUGUUUAUGUCUGAAUCGAGAUCGUUAUUUGAUCCGAUCUAUGCUAUCUUUCUGGGAGCUUGGCAGUAGGUCGGCAAGCAAUGCACCACUGUAUUAUUAGUUUCUAUUAAGCCUGGUUUUCUUGUGCAAUACAACUGAUAACAUGGGAAUAUUUCUGAGACAUUACAGUUGUCUGAAAAAGCUGUAAUUCCAAAAAUGUGCUAGUAACAUUUCACUGAUCUUUUUCGUGGAAAAAGUGAAUAAUGUUCCUUUCAUUUGGAAUGUCAUAAUUUGAUUAGAUAAAAGGCUUUGGCAGUAUGUGUUUUAAGAUUUGUGAAGGGUGAUAUUCAAAAAUUCUGCGGUGUUUCUCAUUGAAAUAAACAGUCGAUAAUGAA